GAACCAACACAUGUGUUGUUGUUUAAUAGUGACGGGGAAAAAAAACCCGGUUGUGUUGUUGACGUCGGGUUUUGCUCGCUCAGGUAAACAGGAAGACACGCCCUCAGAAACUACGGUCCCGGAAGAAAGGAGUCUUUUUCCGAGCCCGUCCCUCCUUUAAGGCGAGCAGGUGGACAUUUUCAGCUCAGGUGGAAACUGACCGACAUCUCCACUGGACCCGCAGCCGUAUUUUAUUUCGCUUUUUGAGAUAUUUUAGACAUUUUUUAACGCUUAAUUUGUAGUUUUGUCGAUAAACUGAGGAUUCACCUGCUGUUGCUGGGCCUGCAGAUUCACCUGGGAAGCAGCCUUCGGGCUCCAUCUACUGAAACUCACACAAAGAGGUCAGAGGACUGAAAGGAGACUUUUGGGGACGUUUUAAAACAAAACUAGCGACAUGGCGGAUCCCAUGGAAAGUGGAAUAAAAUACAUGCCAAAAUUGGAUAAAGAGUAUGAGUCUGUGCAGUUUCUGCAAACGGGGGAUAGCAAAAAGCUGGAGAAGGGUCCGGGGAAGACGGGCGCUGUGAUCGGCGUGGUGAUCUUCGCUGUUGUUGUUGCUCUCAUGACCGGACUGCUGGUCUGGCAUUUCCACUUCCGUAAAAACGAAUACGCCAAAAGGAUAUACAUCGGCUCAAUGAAGAUCCAGAACCAGGCGUUUGACAACGCCUAUGAGAACUCGGAUACACCCGAGUUCAAGGCCUUGGCUGAAAAGGUGCAGCAGCAGCUGAAAACUAUUUACUCCAUCGAUCCAAAGCUGAAGAAAUACUACGUCAACUCGACAGUUAACGCAUUCAGUGAGGGUGUUGUCGCUUACUACAUGUCUGAGUUUAAAGUGCCUGUGGGGGAAGAAAAAUCUGUUGACGGUGCCAUAGCUGUUUUGAACCAGCAAGAAACGAGAGGAUUUCCAAUGAAGGGGAAAUCAAGAAGCAACCUGGAGUUUACAGACAUGAAGACCUCUGUUAUAGAUGCCAGAAUGUCGCUAACAACAUAUAAGAAUCAAGCAAAGUUUAAAAUACACACAGAGCCCGACAGGAAUGUUAAGAUCGAGACCACAGGUUUCCCCGCCAAAUCGUAUGAACCGAACACCUUCACACAGUGGGAGCUGCGAGGUGACGAAGGAACCAUCAUCAAGCUCGAGUUUGACGCCAUGUAUCUGGAAGAAAACUGCUCUAAUGACUUUGUGAAAAUCUAUGACUCCCUGGUGCCAAUAGAGAACCGCGCUUUGGAAGAGUUGUGUGAACACUAUUCACCCAGUGAACCUCUGACGUUUUAUUCUUCUGGAAAUGUCAUGCUGGUUACAAUGGCCACAAACGACAAAUACAACUUCCCAGGAUUUCGGGCAUAUGUUUCACAAGUGCCACCGGCAACUUUACGUAAGACCUGCAGUACCAAACUAACGGGUCCAAAGGGGACCUUCUCUACUCCCAACUUUCCAAACUACUAUCCUCCUAACAUUAAGUGUGAUUGGGAAAUAGAGGUGCCAAGCGAUAAGGUGGUGAAAGUUACAUUCAAAAAGCUCCUGUUGGCUGAGCCAGGGCAGGAAAACGGCAAGAACUGUGACAAAGACUACGUGAUGAUUGAUAAAAACAAGAAACUGUGUGGAGACCACCAGGAUGGGAAUAUAUUUGAAAUCGGCACAACCAACAAAAUGACUUUGGAGUUUCUCUCCGAUCACUCCUAUGUGGACAGAGGCUUCCAAGCAGAGUACGAGGCCAUUGACCCCGUAGAUCCUUGCCCUGGUAAGUUCCACUGCAGAAAUGGUCUGUGUAUCUCCCAAAACCUCACGUGUGACGGCUGGAACGACUGUGGAGACAUGAGUGACGAGAAGAACUGCAAGUGCAAAGGGGACUCACUCUUGACUUGUGGAAGUGGGCUCUGUAAGCCCUUGUUCUGGAAGUGUGACGGCGUGGAUGACUGUGGAGAUGGGACAGAUGAGCGCGAUUGUGGCGCAUGUGAAACUGGAUACAUCACGUGCACGAAUAAAAAAUGUGUCUCUGAGAAGAAACAAUGCGACGGAAAAGACGACUGUGGAGAUAAUUCAGAUGAGCUCAACUGUAAAAAAAAUUCUGAGGUACAAUGCACAGAGUCUACAUACAAAUGCAAGAAUGGCAAAUGCAUUGAUAAGAAGAACCCAGUAUGUGACGGAUCGUCCGACUGUGAAGAUGGAUCUGAUGAGGAGAACUGCGCCUGUGGAAGGAAAAAAUUACGGUCGUCGACACGUAUUGUGGGCGGAGAAGACGCCGCACAAGGGGAGUUUCCGUGGCAAGUCAGCCUUCACUUCCAGACUUACGGACAUGUGUGCGGAGCGUCCAUCAUCAGUGAAAACUGGCUGGUCACUGCUGCCCACUGUGUGCAAAGUGACGCUAGCCAUAGAUUCGGAGAGCCUGCGAAAUGGGAGGUUUACCUCGGUCUUCAUGACCAACGGAAGAUUGAGUCGUUUGUUGUAAAAAGGAAGCUGAAGCAGAUCAUAUCUAACCCUAACUACAACCCUAACACCUUUAACAACGACAUCGCCCUGAUGGAGCUGGACAGCCCCAUCAAAUUCUCAGAUUACAUUCAGCCCAUCUGCUUACCAAACAACGACUACAAGGUUCCAGUCGGCGAAACUGUGUUCAUCACAGGGUUUGGAGCAACGAGAGAGGGAGGAACUGCUGCGAAGGUCCUCCAGAAAGCUGAAGUCCGAAUCAUAAACUAUAGCGAGUGUAAUAAAUUAAUGAGCUACCGUCUCACAUCCAAGAUGUUUUGUGCUGGAGUCCUGACAGGAGGAGUGGAUGCUUGUCAGGGAGAUUCUGGUGGACCUCUGAACAUUCUGGAAGGUGAUUAUAUGUUACUGGCAGGAGUGGUCAGUUGGGGCGACGGCUGCGCUCGUAGGAAUAAACCAGGGAUCUACACCACAGUCAGUGAAUUUCGUGGCUGGAUCAAGGAGAAGACUGGAGUCUAGUCUAGUUUAACCUUAUCGAACGGAUCAUUACGGAUAUAAACUGCUGACUUGAAAAAUGAAUUCAAUGAGACUCCAAUCUGACAGACCAUCCAGCGGAUUCAGUGGACUUGACUUCUGGCUGUAGCGACAUUGGAAGAUGAACAACUUUUACAGCAAGUGCUUUGCCUAUUAAACUUACUGUGAUUGUUUUUUGUUGUUUUUUUUUUUACCAGGAUGGUGAUUGGUUAACUGUUUUAAAUGUAAAUAGAUGUUUUAUUUUUGUGUUUUUAUUAUUUGAUGGAGUACAAAUGUUAUAUGAUGCAUAGGACAUAGUUUUAAGACACACUUGUUACACAAAAUUGCAUUCAAGAGCAAACUGAGUUGUGUAAAUGAAAGCUAUUUGACUUCUUUUGAUCUUAUCCUCUAUAUUUUAUUUAAGCUCAUUAGAAAUUCCUUUAAAAAUCUGUCAUCACUUUUUCACGAAUUCCCAUCACUGACAUUGUUUUAUUUCCAGAGACACAGAUUUUCAUGUGUUUGGAAAAAGUUAAAGGUUAGUUAAAAAGUUGUUAGUUAAAAGUUAACAGUUCUUGCAGAUUAGUCUAAAAUUAUUGUAAAUGUGUAUUUGAUAGCAGAUGCUUCUAAUAAAAUAUUUUAAAUUA